AUGGAGAACGAAAGGAUAACAGUGGAAAUAGAAGACCAAAUGGAAGGAAUCUGGUCUGACGGAAAAGAAAGCGUGAAAGAUUCUGUUGGUGAAGGGAAUUCCCUUUGUCAGCUGAGUCAAGAAGCGCAAGAUGGAGAAGAAGUGUCAGAAAAGAGUAAAGAUGAAGAAAAAGAAACCGUGAAAGAUUCUGUUGAUGAAGGGAAUUCCCUUUGUCAGCUGAGUCAAGUAGCGCAAGAUGGAGAAGAAGUGUCAGAAAAGAGUAAAGAUGAGGAAAAAGAAACCGUGAAAGAUUCUGUUGGUAAAGGGAAUUCCCUUUGUCAGCUGAGUCAAGUAGCGCAAGUUGGAGAAGAAGAGUCAGAAAAGAGUAAAGAUGAAGAAACGGAAAGAAGUAGUUCGUGGAAGAGAAAGGUUACGGAUAAGUUAGAAGUUCUUUUGAAAGAAGGACCAAUAAAAGUAACCUUAGACGAAAUGAGGAGAAUGAAUAAACAAGUGAGAGACUCUCUAAUAGCAGACAACAUAUCCACGGAAGAGAGGAAGAAAUGGGAUGUACUGUGGGAGUUUCUAGGAUUAUUCGUAACGAUUGUGGAUCCGUGGGGAGCAAUGCUUACUUGGGACGCAUGCUCUGGGCAGGAUAGAUAUAAAGAGAAUUUCUUUAUGAUCUUGAAUCCCGGAAGGUCAUUUAAUAGCAGCAGGACCGAAGACUCUCGCUACAGCGGAUUGAAGAGUGUGAUCCCGAUGAAGUACGGAAUAAGCAGAGGACACUUAGAGAACUACAAACAGAAUAGGAUUAACGGAAUUCCGUUAAAGCCUAAACCAGGAAAUGUAGAGCAAUUAAUGCAGAGUGGAUCUAAGAACAAGGAAGUCGUACAAGUGACGCGGGGAUUCGAGGAGAAAAGGGGCGUCGACAGAACAGCAGGAGGAAUUGCUCACUGGGAGAGAGAACGGCAGGAAGAUGACAGAAAAGACGAAGAAAACAGAAGAAGAAGAGAUAGAGAUGCACGUGAAGAAGCGGAGAGACGAAGAAGAAGAAACUUGGCGGAAAGAAGAGAAAUGGUCCAGCAGAGAUUGGCAGAGGAAGGAAAUAGACAUCGCAGGCAACAAGAAUGGAAAGCACAGCCAGAAAGACAGUAUUAUAAUGCACGAGACAGACGGAGGGGAACUGAAAGAUGGCAUGGAGACAACAGAAGAGAUGGAGAUGCGCGUGAAAGAGAAGAAGCAGCGGAAAGACAGAGAUUGAGAAACCUGGAAGAAAGAAAAGAAGAAGAAAGAAGAGCAGUGGAAAAAGAGGAAAGACGGCGCAGACAAGAAGAACAGAGAGAAGCAGAAAGAAGGAGAAUUGAAAGAAAAGAAGAAGAAAGAAGAGCAGCGGAAGAAGAGGACAGACAGCGCAGGCAAUACGAACAGAGAGAAGCAGAAAGAAGAAGAAUUGAAGUACAGGAAGAGAAGAGAAGAACAGAAGAAAUAAAGAGGAUCAAAGAAGAAGAGGAAUGUAGGAGGGAAGAACUAAGAGUGGAAAUGAUGAGAAAACAGCAGGAGGUCAUGCGAAAAGAAACUGAAGAAAGAUGCAGGGAAAGACAGAAAGAAAACAUCAGGAUUCAAUUAUCUAAGAUUCUUAGGCAAAUUGGAGAACGGGGACUAUACUUAGGGGAUUUGCCCGAAAGUAUAGAUGGUUGGAGCAAGCACAUCGGAGCAAGGAGCACGAUAAGACCAGAGCCAGUGUUUAUGGGGAGGCUGAAAGAGGCAAAAGUCGAGGGAGCGGAGAUGGACUUCAAUGCGGCUACCUUGCCCGAGGGAAUUCCCUCUAAGGCAAGGCAGCAAGUAUCAGAAAUAAUCAGUACGGAGUUGGGAGUAUUUGUUGGAGACAAAGAGGAUUUCAUCAGAGUCUUGAAUAGACUAGCACUGAGAGUGGAAUUGACGGCCAAAGAUGUGUGCUACGGGAUAACUGAGGAGGAUAGAGCAGUGGUGGAAUGGAAACGCGAUGACAAAAGGAAGGAGAGGAAGAAGAUGCUAGAGUUUUACAUAAAGAACAGGGCGGGGGAAUUCUCCCGUGGCUGUAGAAGUUUAGUAGAUAUAGUGAGGGAGUUAUGGGAGGAUGAAGAAGAUAUGACGGAUGGACUGGUAGAAGAAGAGUUAGGUGAACUGAUGAGGAGAUUAUGGUUCUUAAACAAUCUUGAUGUAGCAAUUUAG